GCGCCCGCGCGCUAGGCGCCGGCGCGCUAGGCGCCAGCGCAGCAAGCGCCAGCGCAGCAAGCGCCAGCGCAGCAAGCGCCAGCGCGCUAGGCGCCAGCGCGCUAGGCGCCGGCGCGCUAGGCGCCAGCGCAGCAAGCGCAAGCGCGCUAGGCGCUAGCGCGCUAGGCGCUAGCGCGUUAGGCGCCAGCGCUCUAGGCGCCAGCGACUUUGGCACCAGCGCGUUAGGCGCCAGCGCAGCAAGCGCCAGCGCGUUAGGCGCCAGCGCUUUAGGCGCCUGCGCAUUAGGCGCCAGCGCGCUAGGAACCAGCGCGCUAUGCGCCAACGCGCUAGGCGGCAGCGCGCUAGGCGCGCUCUAG